CCAUUAAAUUUAUCAGUCCAAUACUGUUCAAUCACGUAUCAAGAUAUCUGUUUUGAUUUAUAUCCCCUUUUCCAAUUCAUUCCGUCAUCAAUAUGAGUCUGUCUGGUUCGAUCAAAAACAUGAAUAAGAUCUUGCUGAUUCAAUGUCUAUUGUGGGCAUCCAAUGGCGUUUUGGGUGGUAUGAUGCCUAAAGGUCACAUGGGCAGGAUGGAGCAUAAAGCCAAUGAAGCCGGCGAAUACUACUACACUCAACCUCAAAGCUACUACCCAACUCCGGCGCCAGAGUACUACACCGAGGCUCCAAAAUACUACGCCACUCCGAGCUACUACACUCAGCCGACCCCUUACUACACCACUCCAAGCUACUACACCGAGACUGAGAAAUACUACGCUACAAAGGCGCCAGAGUACUACACCACAGUAAGUUACUACACCGAAGCUCACAAGUACUAUUCCGCUCCAUCAUACUACACUACUACUGUGUCGUAUCCCGCCAGCUAUCAGAGGGCAGUGCCAUCGUAUUGAUUUCAUAUUUUCUUGGGAAAACCUUUAAAUGUUUAGUCAUAUUCUCGUUUCUCUUCACACAUUCAUUAAUUGCCAUCGUGAGGUAAUUAAUUUUGAUUUUGGGUUUUACUGAAAUGGAUUGAAAUAUUUACAGAGAUUUAUUGAAAACAAAUAUAAGCUACGUGUGAUUAAAU